GUUGGCAACGUUGCUACGUUUACCGUUGAAUUUUGCAGACCGACGCGUUCUUAUUACGCCAUUUGUGCUCGCACAAAACUAAUAAAAUUGUUGUACUUAAAUCAGUCUGCAGCGUAGAUAAAUACUGAGAACUAUUAUACACGUUCUAUGAACAUGCCCAAAGCAGUACGUCAAGACCUCAAAGAGGACGAUUCGAAUCUGUUCUUGAAGCCCCAUCCCUAUGGCAAUGGUGGCCAACAGCAGCAGCAGGGCAAGAAAAAAGCUAACGGCGAGGGACAUUCAAACGGCAACGGGUCUCAGAAGAAGGCGGUUUUUGAUCCGAUUAGUACAGAGAAUGUGCUAAAGUGCUAUAUUAAAUAUCACAAGGCAUCCAUUGAGUCAGUCAAGAAGAAGUCCAAUGAGAUCAGCGAGAAGAUGCUUAAAACCAACAUGGCCAUAGCGGAGAGGAACCAGGAGAAUGCUUUACUAAGAAAACAGUUGCACAACAUUGAGCUGAAAGUGGAGGAGCUGAAUAAAAUGUCGGACGCGCUGGGCCAGGAAAAUAGUAACCUUAAGGAGAAGUGCACUGCUGUCGAAGAAAAGUAUGUCUCAUUGGAGACUGCCUACGACAAGGAGUUUGCUCAUCUUAAGGCCACCUUGGCCAAGCAGAAGGCCGAGCUAAAGCAAAACGAUAAGCUCUUGGAGGAGCUUAAGGCACUGCAGCUGGAGAAACAGCAGAUGGUGGCCAGACUGGAGACUAUGGCACAGCAGAAGGCUGACGAGAUGGCCGAAUUGCAAAUUAAAAAUGCUCAGUUGCAGUUGCAGAUUAGUGAAGUGGAGGCCGCCUUUGAGCAGUACAAGCUGAAAUCUGUUGAGCAGAACGAGGCUGUGCAAGCCAAGCUAACUGUCGAGCUGCAACAGCAGGCAGCUGAACUUUCUAAGCAGAUUGAGAAUAGCGUGAAGCGCGAGGCUGAGCUGCAGGCGACAUUGACUACGCUGAAGGAUGUUGAGAAACGUGGCUUGAAGCUACAACAACUCAAUCAACAAUUAACGCUUGAGGUAUCCGAGGUAGAGACACGCCUGAACGCAGAAAUAGAGCAGCAAAAGCUGAAGAUAGAAGAUCUCAACAGCCAGAUUCAGAAGUUAAAGUCUGAUGAACAGCGUUAUCAAGACGAAAUCGAGUUGCUUGAGGAAGCCAAAGAACAGCUAGAGGCUUCAAAGGAGGAAGCAGCUGCCUUAGCUAAAUCUGAGCUUGGCAAGGUUGAAAGUCACGAACUCAAGCUAAAGAAGAACAUGGAAGAGCUACAGGAAGAGCACUUGAAAAUAACCAAGGCAUUGUCGGCUGAAAAUGCCGGGCUGACCCAACAGCUGGAGGCUCUCAAGCAACUGUAUGAGACGAAGAUGAAUUCACUCGAGGAGGAGCUAAAUCAGAAAUGUGCAGCCCAUAUUGAUGACCAACAGCAAUUUGCCGAGCUGGAGCGUCAGAAGAAUGCCACCAUAGCAGAGCUCACAUACAAAAUAAAUCAAAUUAGCAACGUCUUCGGGCAGCCAGUGGGCACUGUCGGUGCCAUGAGCAACCAUCACGUUGGACAGAAGAAGACAAAUGAAGCAACCAUAUCGGUAAGCGUACACAAAACUGCAGCACCAUUGCGACCAGCAGCUCCGGCUUAUGAUGCUGACACUUCUGGAGAGAGUAUUGCAAAAAUAGCAGCUGAAAUAUCUGCAAUGACUGCAAAUACUUCUGUGACCAAGAGACGCCGUAUGGCACCUAAGCGUCCUUUAGUCAAUCAUUACACUUCUGAUUUUAACACUGACACUGAUGAUAACGAUAACGGGCCAGAUUGGGAACCGCCAAAGUCCAAGUUGAUGAAGAAGAAUCGGUUCGGUUAUGGAAAUGCCAACACUACAAUUGUGCGCCCCUCGCCCCAGGAAACUGAUGAUUUCGAUAAAUUGAAGAAUUCAGGCAACUAAUUGACAGUAUUCCAAACAGAUUUAUAUAUAUAUAUAUAUAUAUAUAUAUUCAUAAUUCAUUUAAUACUUGUUCAGUGCAAGUAUCUUAAAUUGAACAGUCGAAUCGUUUUACA